UGCUCACAAGAGCAUCGGGAGGGGAUUGCAGUCACCGCCACAGACCAAAACGGAGGCUCAUUCUCUGGUUGGGGUUUCACCGGAACGGCUAAACUGAACGACGGAGGUCGGCGGGAAGUGCUGGAUGGCGGCGAGAACAACGCCGAUUGUUCUACCGGCCGUUCAAUUGAAAGCGACAGACUCAAAUGGCGUAAUUCCUCCUUCGAACUCAACCUCUUUUCCCCGUCUAUCAAUUCCAAAGCCUUCUUGGAUAGUCAGAACUGAGUCAAAUGUUAGGAGAGAAAAAAGAAAGAAGCCAGAUCCACCUUGUGCGAUAUGCCAUGGAAGUGGAAGAGUUGAUUGUCACGACUGUUGUGGAAGAGGGAGGACAAAUUCUGUUCACCUAGAAAUGCUUCCAAAAGGGGAAUGGCCAAAAUGGUGUAGAGCUUGUGGUGGGAGUGGUCUUGGCUACUGCUCUCGUUGCCUCGGGACAGGAGAGUAUCGGUAUAUUAUGGGGUUCCAAUUCAUGAAGAUGGAGGACAAUGAAAAUGAAACUCAGGAUGUCAUGAAGUAUGAAAAUCAAACCAACCAACAACGUCGAGGUCCCGGAGGCGCAGAGUCUCUUCUACAUGAUGAGUCGAGUUCAGAGCCAGAAAUUUGAGAGAAGGUACAUGGCGUGGUAAUGGUAGAACAGCUAGGAUACAAUUUGACUUUACAUUUUGGAUGGAUCAUAAAAACGCAGUCUAAUCGGCCAAUUUGACAUAAGCUUAAAGGGGGCAAUGGUUCAUCUGUAUCUCUCACUUCUGUAACCGUUGAACUAAAAAAAAAUCAGCUAACUUAGAUAAGACAUCAUACCCUCAACGACACAUUGAGAGACAUGAAUCCAAUCUAGAAAAUAAUUGGAUUA